GCGGCGGGGGCGCCGCGCCCCGCUCCGGGCUGAGGCUCCGCGCCGCUCCCUGCGCCUCAGUGCGGCGGCGGCGAUGUCGGAGCCGGAGCACCUGGGCGGGAAGCGGGCCGAGUCGGCGCGGCUGCGGCGGGCCGAGCAGCUGCGGCGCUGGAAGGGCUCCCUGACCGAGCAGGAGCCGGUGGCGGCGGGGGGCGGCCGAGGGCGGCACCGAGGGGCCGGGGGAUCCCGCGUCCGGUUCGAGGAGGGCGCCGUGUUCCUGGCCGCCUGCUCCAGCGGGGACACCGAGGAGGUGAAGCGGCUGCUGGGCCGCGGCGCCCGCAUCGACACCACCAACGUGGAUGGGCUGACGGCGCUGCACCAGGCCUGUAUAGAUGAGAACCUGGACAUGGUGAAGUUCCUUGUGGAAAAUGGAGCCAAUGUGAACCAGCAAGAUAACGAGGGCUGGACCCCCCUGCACGCCGUGGCAUCGUGUGGCUACCUGAACAUUGCAGAGUACUUAAUUAGUCAUGGAGCCAACGUGGCUGCUGUGAACAGCGAAGGCGAGGUCCCGUCUGACAUUGCAGAGGAGGCAGCCAUGAAGGACCUGCUUCUGGAACAAGUAAAGAAACAAGGUGUAGACCUGGACCUGGCAAGGAAAGAAGAGGAGCAGCAGAUGCUGCAGGAUGCCCGGCAGUGGCUGAACAGCGGGAGAAUUGAAGAUGUAAAGCAGCCUCAGACGGGUGCCACAGCUCUUCACGUGGCUUCAGCAAAGGGCUAUUCUGAAGUCAUGAGGCUCUUGAUCCAGGCUGGGUUUAAUUUGAACGUCCAGGACAACGAUGGCUGGACUCCACUGCACGCUGCUGCACACUGGGGGGUGAAGGAGGCCUGCUCCAUCUUGGCUGAGGCACUGUGUGACAUGGAUGUCAGGAACAAGCUGGGCCAGACUCCGUUCGACGUGGCCGAUGAGGGGCUGGUGGAGCAUUUAGAAAUGCUGCAGAAGAAGCAGACGGUGCUGCGAAGUGAGAAGGAGACGAGGAAUAAGCUGAUUGAAGCUGACAUGAAUGGCAAACCUCAAAGUGGAGUCUUCAUGAACAAAGAGAAAAUUCUCUAUGAGGAAGAUAGGCUGAAGACCACAGAUAUGGAGGAGGAGAACAAAGACUCGAGCAGUUCUAGCUCUGAAGAAGAGGAAGAAGCUGAAGAAGAUGAAGUUUCAGAAUCAGAUGCUGAAAAGGAAUCAGAAAGGAAGGAAGAGUCCUUUGCCAACGACUCCAGCCACGAAACCAGGCCCAGCGUCACUGAGCAAAUACCACCACCAGAGUCCAACUCCUUCACUGCCUCUGCCAGAAGGUUCAGUUGGCUCAGCAGGUCGGAUGAGCAGAAGGAUGAGUCGCCCUCCUCGUGGCGGUUGGGUCUGCGGAAGACUGGCAGCCACAACACCCUGAGCGAAGUCGCUGCCCCCCGUGAGGCACCGAGGGAGAAGGCAGCUUCCAUCUAUCGAUCCUCGUCCACCCCUCGGAUCUCUGCGUUACUGGACAGCAAAGACAAGGAUAAAGAGAACAAGAGCUAUCUGGCCACAAUAGCCCCCAGAAGGCUGAGCAGUGCAAGUGACAUAGAGGAGAAAGAAAACAGAGAAUCAGCUGCUAACAUCGUGCGGAGCGGCUCCUACAGCCGGCAGCCGUGGAGGGAUGAAUCAAAGGGAAAUGAAGCUCCCCAUUCUGGGGCACCUCCUACCUACGUAUCGACGUACUUGAAAAGUGCUUCAUUUGGUAGAAGUAGUGACCUCAGCAGUCCCUACAUUUCAGCCAGUCGCAAUACAUCUCUAGCUACCUCACCCACUGCCAUUGGUUCAUCUACCUCACUGAGCACCCCGUGGCAACCUGCCUCUGCCUGCCCCACACCUCUCGGUGCGAACACUCCUGCAUCCACCUGCCAGCACACCAGAGCCCCUUUCAGGCAACAAACUGAUUCUGCCGUAGAGAGAAAUACAGAGGGCCUCUCUGCUAGCACCCCCCUAGGUGUAAUCACAAACCGUGCUGCACGCGGCUCUGCUUACGGUACUGCGAGUGCCGGUGCUGCCUCAACCACAGGAAAGGACUGCUCUGCUGAGGAAGCCAGGGAGCGCAGAAGGUCAUACCUGACCCCGGUGCGGGAUGAGGAGGCCGAGUCGCUGAGGAAGGCACGGUCCAGGCAGGCCCGGCAGACACGCAGAUCCACCCAGGGUGUGACGCUGACGGACCUUCAGGAGGCAGAGAGAACCUUCAGCCGCUCCCGGGCAGAACGGCAGGCUCAGGAGCAGCAGAGCGAGAAGGCUGAGAGCGCUGCUGAGGACAGUGAGAGGCAGGAGAGCCGCACGCGGUGGAGCAGAAAUGCAGAUGAGGAGGCUGUCUAUCGGCGAUUAAGGUGCCCAGUGCAAGCAGACAAACCUACAACACCUGUAUCUCCUUCUACGUCAGCUCCUCUCCUUUAUACAAGCUCUUACCUAACUCGAACAAAUAAAUAUCUGGGCCUUGACUCUGUGAAUCCAGCAGACUUCACAGCUGCGGCCACAGAGAUGGAGAAGAACGAGUGCGAAGAUGUGGAUCUGGAGGACAGAUCUCCAAACAAGCAGUCGAUCCGAGAGAGGCGGCGGCCAAAAGAGCGGCGAAGAGGCACUGGCAUCAUUUUCUCAACAAAAGAUGACGAUGACGACGUUGAUGGAAAUGAGGAAGUGAAGGAAAGUCGGCAUGAACGACUUUCCAGGUUGGAAGCAGCUACAGCCCCUGCCACCAGUGACUCCUACAGCGACCGUGCCUCCAGCCGCUCCAGUGCCUACAGCCGCAGAGAGAACCGCCUAGCAGCCCUCAGCAGCAGGGCAGAAGAGGAGAGCAACAGGGACUACAAGAAGUUGUACGAAAGCGCCCUGUCUGAAAAUCAGAAGCUGAAGUCGAAACUGCAAGAAGCGCAGCUCGAGCUGGCUGACAUCAAAUCCAAGUUGGAAAAGGCAGCCCAGCAGAAACAGGAGAAAACUUCUGACCGGUCCAGCAUGCUGGAGAUGGAGAAAAGGGAGAAGCGAGCCCUGGAGCGGAAACUCUCUGAAAUGGAGGAGGAGAUGAAGAACCUCCACCAGCUCAAACAGAUUCACACUCUGAGGCAGAUGAACGAGCAGCUGCUGGCCGAGAACAGGGCUCUGACGCGGGUUGUGGCCAGGCUCUCGCUGCCUGCCAAGCCCUCCGAAUCAGAGGAGCUGUAGCCAUUUGCCAUCCGGCUCAUCUCGCCUCCCUCCUCCAUCCUCCAGAUUCUGACGGAGCUGAAAUCGGACAAUCAAAGGCUGAAGGACGAAAACGGGGCACUCAUUCGUGUCAUCAGCAAACUCUCCAAGUAGGGAGCCGAGCUGCAGGACGGGGGGGUGCCCUGCUGAGCCCUGCCCCUUCCUCCUGCCCCCCGCACAGCAGCAUUGCAGCCACGGGAUCAGCAUCGCUCCUCCCUGCCCUCGGCUGGACGCUCCCUGUCUGCCCUUUCCCCCCCACAGCGCACCCCCCGCCAUUCUGUUUUAACUUCAGCAUGUUGUGCGAUCUCGGACAUUUGACUCAAGGAAGAGGAGGAUGUGGAGUGGUGCUGAGCUGCCAAAACUUCUCCUUCCAGCAGCCCACGGUGUGCAGGAGGGAGCUCUGCUGUGCAAAGCGAUGCCCACGGAGUUGGUGCAGCACAUCUGUGCCCUUUGCAGGUGGGACCUGGACCGUGGGCCAGGAUUCUGCGGACACCCAUCAGCCCGUGUGCAGUGUGGGACUUUGGUUGAAAUGUGAUGCUACGAGGAACGGCAGCAGAGCUGAUUCCUUCAGCACGUGGGGAUGGCUGCUUUGCACAGAGACCUGGCUGGUUUUUAUUUAAUGUCACAUUGCAGAUCUGGUGGGUAAAUGCCCCUCCUGUGCAGCUGGUGAUGGGGUGCCGUGCUGCAAACCCCGGGGCUCCCGCCAAGCUCCCUGCACUCAGCAGCACCUGGGACCUGGACCCGGACUGCUGUUCUCAGGAUGGAAUUGCAGACGUUUGCCAAACUUUCUGAAGAAGGAGCCUGGUGUGGUGUGUUGGUGUGGGAGGCUGCCGUCAGGCAGAGCCCUGCAGAGGAGCCUGGGCAGAUAUUUCAGGUCCUGCAAUGGCUUUUCAGCAUCAGGCUGACCAGCUGAACCGCAGCACGGUUUUGUUUCUGGGGAAUGGAAAUGAGGGGGGCAAUGAGGCCUGGUGGCACAGAUCCUCUCAGGUGGGCUUUGGGGCACUGGGCACGGAGCUGCAGUAGCUGUGCUCCAGGUGCCCGGGGGUCUUUGGGGGCUGGGAGCUGAGUGGGAGUGCUGGGAGCUGCAUCAGAGUCUUUUCAUCCAUCAGAAGUUUGCAGUCCGCCUCAGCCUUGAAGGAAACCUCAAAAAAAAAACCAACAAAACCCAACCCUCUGUAUGUUGUACGGACUCAGAACAGUUUGAAAUUGUUCUCCCUGUGGGCAUUCAGGCAGCGACUCCUGCAUGUGCUGCAUGCUGCCCUGCUGAGCUCCCAUACCAGACUGCUCUCCUCACCGCGUUCAGCCCCACGCCCUCAUCCUCCCCCCCUCAUUGCCUUUGUCCCUCCGUUUCCCACUUUGUGCCAUGGGCUCCUCGUGCUCGGAGUGGCAGCAGCCGCGCACGGCAGCUCUGUGCUGAGAUGCAGAUGGAUACUUGAACAUGAGUACAACUAAGUUUGCUCAACAGGGUAAAAAUUCAUCUGCCUGUCCUGGGCUUCUUGGAGCCUCCUGCUGGUUAUCACCUGUGCAUUUUCCUCUCCCUGGGGGCUUUUUUGUUUCUUUCUAAUUCUCCAUUUUCCCCUCCCGUCCUCCCAUCCCACCUCAGCUCUCUCUGCUGGCUGGGCUCAGGGCAGCUCAGCACGGAGCUCCAACUGCUCCUCUUUGCACCGUUCUCCGGUGCAGCGCGGCCGUUCCUCUGCUGCUGUGCUUCGGGGAGGAGGAGAAGCGCUUUGGCAUCACCGGGGCUCCUGCAGAGCGCUGCCCACACCGGGCAGGCGGUAUUACUGCUUCACGUAUCCCUGCUUUAUGGAACAGCUUUAAGCCCUGAGCUCCGGUCAGUGCUUUCCCUGCACGCCGCUCCCCCUCGGUGCGCCCUGUGUGAGCGCUGCUGCAUCUCUCCACGUUCUCUCCCACCCUCACCCCGGGCUUGGCUGCAGCAGCGCUGCCCUGUCCCAGUCCCGGUCCGCAGGCAGGGACAGUCCGAGCUCCCGGCUGCUGGGAGAAGCUCGGCCCGAGCUGACAUCAUCCGCACCGGCGCUGCGCCCCUUCCUGCAGGGGCUGCCGCUGCGCUCUGCCCACGAGGAGCCGUUGUGCGAAGGGCGCGGAGCCGAAGCGCCGCUGGGAUGCGGCGCUGCGCGCCCCUCUGUGCUCGCAGCCGACGCUCCGCGCUGACGAUGGGAGCGCAAACCCCGCGGGCGAGGAGGACUCGGGGCUCUCAGUGCGUCUGCAGGAAGCACCGAGGUGGCGGUGGGUGCGACGCCGUGCUCUGCGCUGGGCACGGAGCGCAAAGGAAGCGGAUUUUAACGCUGCUCCCUCCUUGAAGCAGAGUUUGUCAGACGUGCCUCCUUUGGAGAACACGGAGCUUUUUUUCUAAGCAGUGCUUGGGUGAAUUCGUUUUUAUUGCUUGGGGUGAACCCUGUUGUGGCUGCGAGUUUGAUGGUGGCUCUUUGUAAAUAACUUCCUGGAGGAAGCAGGACUGCGUUCCAGAUGGGGAGAGAAUGUAUUUUUAUGCAACUUUGAGUGGCCUUUCAAACCCUGAGAUGAAUGAUUUGUUUUACUGGUUGUUGUUAUAUAGUAUUAUAAGUAUUAUGUGUUUGAAAGUUUGGGAAUAAUAUUCACAUCUAUGAUGCUUGUAAACACAACAGUAUUUAUAAAUAAAUAAAAUAAGAGUUGAUAAAAUAGAAA